AACUUGAACCCGGAGUCAGUUUGUCAGAACAAACAGCUGUUGAACUUUGGACCGCUGGCCUGGAGCCACAUGUGGGUUUUAUUUCGAGGUUCAACAGGAAAAGCAGCUGCUCUGAACUUUCUGCUGAAAAACUGAGAAAAACUUCAGGAUGGCUGAGAGACGGGCAACGGCGAAGCCUGCAGCAGAACCGGACUUCUUGCAGUUCAAUGACCUCGCCUGCGAGACGGUGGGAGGGAAGGUUAUUUUUGCCACAGAUGAAUGGUUUGCUCCGGCUAAAAACCUGCUGAAGCGAGAGCCUCCGCGGUUCAUCCCGUCUGCGUUCACAGAGUUUGGAAAGUGGAUGGAUGGAUGGGAGACGAGGAGGAAGAGGAUCCCAGGUCACGACUGGUGCAUCAUUCAGCUGGGAGUUCCUGGUUUGGUUCAUGGACUGGAUGUCGACACGUCUUUCUUCACUGGGAACCACUCGCCUCACGUCUCCAUCCAGGCCGCCUGCCUCGACGAGCUGCCCCUGUUCACUCCCGGGGAAGAUCGGACCGGCAUGGCCGCCACUGGAGCUCAGACAGCUGCUGUUGCCAAGCUGAGCUCAGAGUUUUGGCCGGAGCUGCUGGGCCCGUCGGAGCUGCAGCCUGGAUACGCAGACUGCUGUCACAACUACUUCAGGGUCGGCACCAACAGCAGAGUCACGCACCUGCGCCUCAACAUGUAUCCAGAUGGAGGAAUAGCCAGACUCAGGGUGUUUGGUAUCGGGCAGAGGGAUUGGUCGUCCGUCCCGACCAACCAGGACGUCGACCUCGUAGCGCUGACCAAUGGGGGAGUCUGCCUCGGCUACAGCGACGCCCACUUUGGACAUCCGCGCAACAUGAUUGGACUUGGUCGAGCCGCCAACAUGGCGGACGGAUGGGAAACGGCCCGCAGAUUGGACCGGCCCAAAACGCUGAAGGCGGACCAGCGGGGAAUCCUGCAGGUGCCCGGCCGGGAGUGGGCCGUGUUUCGCCUCGGUCAUCCUGGGCUGAUUGGCGGCGUUGAGGUGGACACCAACCAUUUCAUAGGUAAUUUCCCAGACUCCUGUCGGAUCGAAGCGUGUCUUUUAACCCCUGAAGAAGAGGCGCGCUGCAUCCAAACCCGAUGGAACUCUGGGAAAUGGGAAGUUCUUCUUCCACCUCAGAAGCUCCGUCCUCAUGACAGGCAUCACUACAGCAAAGCGGAUCUGAUUCAGAAUGGACCCGUCAGCCAUGUUCGCCUCAUCAUCGCUCCUGAUGGAGGCGUCAGCCGCCUCCGUCUGUGGGGGCGGCCCGUGUUGGUCCCUGGAGCUCCAGCCAAUCAGAACCGACCGCCAUCCAAACUGUGAUCCAUCACAUCACUGACCUCUCCACCGAUCUCAGGAUCUUAUUUGGAAGAAAUUGUGUUGAUGAUCUAAAUGUAAAAGUUUCCAAGUUUAUUUUCAAUCUAAGGAAGUGAAUGGUUGUAACGUAACAAAUUUUCCCAGAAACCCCUCUGGUUGUCUCUCAACGGUCAGUCCGUGUCCACAGACUGUGGAAACAUCUGGACACAGGACAGCCCGUCUGCUGAAGUCAUUUUUAACAGAACCACAGAAGUUCUUCUAUCUGGUUGUUCUUCACUUUGAAUUUGUGAUUUUAUUAUUUCCAAGAGGAUCCGUGUGUGUCGACUUUCAGAAAGAGGCCAAGUUAGGGUUAAAUUAUGACCACAUUUUAAAUCAUGCUUCAUAUGAACAACAUUCUUAUAACAACUGAAGGUAACAUAGUUCCUCCAUGUGCUAUGAAAUUAAUGGAAAAUAAUGAACGCCGGCCCUUUAAGAGUUCUUGUUUUCUUCUAAUAAAAUAUCUCCUUCAUUUCCAUCCAACUAGGAAACCGUCCCUGGACUCAGGUUGCUCCACCAGGAAACAUUUAUCUGUUUUACUCAGUUUCUCUACAACACAUCCAUUUGUUUAGAUUUAUUUUCAUCAGCUUUUCUUCUCCAGCUGCAUUUUGUCCCCAAUUAAUAACAUGAAACAAACUGGAGCUCAGGUGAGUGAGGAUCAAUCACAGCUCCAGUUUCUCCUCCCUCAAAAAUUAGUUGUUUUAAAAAUAUGUCUAAUUGGCAUUGAUUUCGUCUGGAUUGAUUUCCUCCAGUCGUCACAUUUUCAUGGCUGCUCUGUUUCCUCCAGCAGCUCCGACUGAAUGAAGGCGUCAAACUAUUGGCCCUGAUUCUGCAUCCUACAUUUCAACGUGCUGCUGCUGCUGCUGUGUUUACACAUCUGAAGCUCCGCCCCUUCCAUCACUCACAGCUCUGAGCAUAAAACUGACCUCUGACCCCAUCUGGGCAGCGUCAGCAGUGAGGCGGCCAUGUUUGUCAGCUGCUCAGAUGUUGCUGAAAUGACAGUAAUUAUCCAGGCUGUGUGGUCCCACCGUGUUGGAGCCUGACUGCUGGCUUUGACCUUCCCACUCAUUUCCCACCUCAGUGGGUUUUCACCAGAUGUUGGACGUCCCGGGAACAUUUUCCACAACUCACUAAUCUGCUGCUUUAAGGGGAAGUUUAUUCCACAGACAUUUUUAAAUUGUAUUUCCAAAUAAGAUAAAUUAAUAAAGGCUUUAUUUGGGUUUCAUAAAAUUAAUUUUUCUUUUUAGGAUAAAUAAUUAUGAGAAAACCAUUUAAUGAAAUACAUUUAGUAAGAAAGGUGUCUUUUUAUUCAUGUCUGUUCCCAGAGUUAGCUAAUGAACAGAAUUCAGAGAAUAGCGCCCCUUGUGGUCGUAUUAAAGAAUACACAGUUUUGACUUGUGGGACAAAUUGGGUCUAUUGAAUAAAAGGUCCAUAAAGUACCAACUCUUGUCUCUCAUCAGAGAAGGAACCGAGCAGCUUGAAUCGAUGUGUGAAGGAUUUGUUUUUCCUGCUGGUGAUGCUUUUAUUCUGAAACAACAAACACCACAGACUCUCCAAACUCUGUUUGUUGAGUUAAAUAACUUUAGCCCCAAAUUCAAACCCUUCUUGCUGCAACAGUAGCAUCAACUUCACCACCGUUCACUUUAA